AUGCGUUUAUUUCUACCAAUUCUUCUCGGCUUCAUCUUUUAUGUUGGAACAGUGCGACCGGCAUCUAUUCGAGAGGCACCAGUCCAAUAUUUGUCCAAUUGUGCUCAUUGUUCACUCAAUUUGAAAUCUCCUCAACCGUGUUUGACACGUAUUGCCAAUUGUACUAGAUGUAUGACACAUCGAAGCGACAAAGAUCCGGAUGUGCUUGAAGCAGGAUGCUGUAUGUCAAACUGUGGCCCAAUAUAUGAAGUAUCGAUGUCCAAUGGUCGCCCAACAUAUUUUUGCCAGGGUGAUAUUUGUAACCUCAAGAUGGGUAGUGGCGUGAUUGAUCGCCUUCGUUCAUCAUAA